AUGAAAUUCUUCAUUGCCUUGUUCGUCUUGGCAGCAAUUGUUUGCUGCACCUUUGGCCAACCAACAUAUCAACAGGCUGAAGUCGCUGAAACUUUGGAGGGUGCCGAUGGCAAUCUAGCUGUAGAUGCUGAUGCAGGUUCCGCUCGCAAAGUACGUUACGGAUUCUAUCCUGGAGGCUUUGGCGGUGGUUUCUAUCCAGGUGGCUAUGGCGGUGGUUUUUAUCCACGAUUUGGUGGUGGUGGAUUUGGCGGUGGAUUCGGCGGUAGCUCCUCUAGCGCCUAUGCAAGUUCAAAUAGUUUUGGCGGUGGUUUGGGCAGUGGUUUCUUUGGUUAA